AUGCUUGAGUCGACUUGGCUUGGCGUAGUCCGAACAGCGUGGGAAGUAGACCCAGCCAUAACGGUCUAUCUAACAGAACGAUUCAAAAGCCCAGUAGCUCACGCUGAGGUGCAGAAUCUGGUUUGGUCCAACCCUGACAGGGUAGUCGAUACUCUCGAAGCUCUAAUAUUUUUGACGAGAGUUCAAGGUGCUUUCUGUUCUGCGGUGUUAUGCUUGGAGAGUUUACGUUUUUGUCAGUAUAUCAUUGUUUGGGCGCCCGUCACUCCUGUGAUCGCUGUUACUUUCUUCGAGCGACGACACGGCAACGAUCCGUUCCUCCUACAAUACGCCCAUCGAGUCCUGAAGCAGCAUCCUGUCGACCUGACGUUCUUUUUCGUCCCGCAAGUGGUCCAGGCCCUUCGCUUUGAUGACCUUGGAUAUAUCGCACAGCCCAUCUUAGAAAUCGCAAGGGUGUCUCAAUUCUUUUGCCACCAGAUCGAAGAUCCUAUGAAACUUGCACUAGAUCGGAUGACUGAUAUGGUGGUGGAUUCGCUGUCUGGUGACACCCGUGCCUUUUACGAUCGGGAAUUCGGAUUCUUCGAAAAGGUAACCUCGAUCUCUGGGAAACUGAAGCCCUUCAUCAAAAAGUUGAAAUCCGAGAAGAAGGCAAUGAUCGACGAAGAGAUGGCCAAGAUAGUUGUCGAUGUUGGAGUCCACCUUUUCAGUAACCCAGACGGUAGUGUCAUUGACAUCGAUAAUAAGUCCGGUCAACCGCUUCAAAGCCACGCUAAGGCACCGUUCAUGGCUACUUUUAAAAUUUUAAAGCCAUCUUCAAAGUUGGUGACGACUGCCGAGUCCCGACAAGAUGUGUUGGCUUUACAGAUCAUCGCGAUGUUCAAAAACAUCUUCACCAGCAUUGGGUUGACCCUCUAUCUUUUUCCUUACAGGGUUACCGCAACUGCUGCUGGAUGCGGUGUCAUUGACGUGGUGCCGAAGGCUACAUCUCGAGAUGAGAUGGGAAGAGCCACAGUAAACGAACUGCUUGACUUCUUUAUUUCAAAAUAUGGUGGAGAAGAGACCGUUGCAUUCCAGCGUGCUCGCAUCAAUUUCGUCCAGACCAUGGCCGCGUUACAUCCUGCAAAUCAAGGAUCGUCACAAUGGGAAUAUUAUUAUUGA